AUGGACCUCACUCUGGUCACUGACAAGGAUUUCCCUACGCGCAUUGGCAACUCCAUCACCCGGGACUCGACACCCGACCUCGCCUUCGUGAGGAACGUCGAGGACGGCGCCGUCAUCUCCCCAACAUUGUUUAACAUCUGUAUGAUUGGUCUUUCGGAGAGGUUGGCCCGCGUCGAGGACGUCAAGCACACCAUUUACGCCGAUGACAUCACCAUAUGUCUGGCUUCCACCCUCGCUCAACUCCACGUUGGCGACGAGGAUGUCGUUAACGUACCCCCAGCCCCGCUGCGCCGUCCGUAUCCGCCCGCCAUGAGCUUCACCGGGCUUGCUCCGCCACCGUUUUUCCUUCCGACGCCCGGCCGUCCGUCAUUGCCAUGGGAGCAGUGGGAGCAGAUGUUCAACGUGUACUUGCUGGCAUCCGGAGCCGCCGCAUUCAAGCCGGAGCAACGCAAGGCUAUUCUUUUGCAUUGUUUGGGGGCGGAAGGCCAGCGUAUUUAUCAGACGCUACAUGCAGGGACCAGCGCCGCAGCACAGGCCGCGCCAAGUGCCGCAGCACUCGCCGAUGACAAGUCUGUCGUGGCCCCUCCUGACGACUACGACUCUGCACUCGCCGCAUUACGGCACCAGUUUUCGACGUCGCGCAACGUUAUCAUCGAGCGUCAUCGCUUUCACCGCCGCAGCCAACACACAGGCGAGUCCGUUCAUGACUUUGUUGCCGCUCUACGGGAGCUAGCGUCACAUUGUUCGUUUGCCUCGCAAGAUGAUGCUUUGCGGGACCAAUUCUUUGCCGGCGUAGCUUCCACUCGCGUACGUGAGCGGUUACUGCUCGAGGGUUUCGCACUGUCGUUCGAGAAUUCUGUUCGAAUUGCACUUCAGUUUGAGCAGGCGGCUGAAGAGCUAAAGGAGCUUUCUGCUUCGGUCGAAGCAAUUUCACUGCGGCAGCGUCGAAAACCGUCGUCGCAUUCUUCGCAACAAAGGAAUUCACAACCGGCAGCCACCUUAGAACAGAAUUUAACGAGGAGCCUGGGCGGCUCACGUGCGCCGCAGCGGCACCGCCCCCCUCAGCGGAACCGAGCGCAGAGUAGCCGCUCCGGCUCGCCACAUUGUUUCCGAUGCGGCUCGCGGAACCACAUCGCGUCAGCGCCGCAGUGCCCAGCGCAAGGCAAGACUUGUUCGUUUUGCGGUCGCAAGGGCCACUUUCAAAGAGUAUGCAACCGCAAGCUAACCCAAAUGCAAGGCCGAGUCCAUGAACUUGAAUUUCAUGAAGAUGUUUCGUCAUGCAGCAGUGCUGAGGAAGUUUUGACUGUGCAAUGUUCCGCGCGUAGCGGUAUUCAUAUUCCAGUGCAAGUCGCGAAUGUCACUUUGACAUUCCUUGUUGAUUCAGGGUCGUCUGUUUCAAUUCUGUCGGAGCAAGAAUUCAGUCGAUAUUUUCAGAGCGUUCCGCUCCUGCCUGCUCCGCAGGUUAGUCUGUUUGACUACUCUCAACAGCCGAUUCCAGUGCUAGGUUGUUUCCAGGCAGACGUUCGAUUUAAAGGCCGCACAGCGUCGCCACGUUUUUAUGUUGUUCACUGAGGCACUUCUCUGGUCGGUCUUGACGGCAUUAAGGCCUUGGAUCUUAGCAUCGAGGGUUCUGCUCUCAAGUGCUUAUACACGCCCGUUGCACCGCAGCCGACUGUUGUUGACUCGCUAUCCUGUUUUAUUUCCACACCGUCAAGCACGCAACCCCGUAACAAAGCUGGCGUGACUAAGAAGUUCAGGCAGGCCGCCCUCGACGACAGUUGCCUGGAAACCGUGAAGUCAUUCGUGCUGAGUUCCUGGCCGCCAAAGAAGUUCAUACCAGAAGAGGCGAAACCAUUCUACGCCAUUCGGGAACAACUUUCUGUUGUCGAUAACCUGCUUCUGCGUGGAGAGCGCCUCGUUGUUCCGUCCUCCCUCACGGCUCAGAUCAUCGCACCGCGCACGAGACACAUCCGGGUAUCAUGCUCACGAAGGCGCGACUGCGUGAGCGGUUCUGGUGGCCACGAAUAGAUACGCAAGUGGAAACGGCAGUAAAAAACUGCCAUAUCUGCCUGGAGGCAGAUAAGUCCGCCAGAACAUCACCAGCACCGUUGCAACCAGUUGAAUGGCCUGAGCGACCAUGGCAAAAGCUUGGCCUAGACAUUGUUGGUCCUUCAGAGCAUGCAGCUUACAACAGAUUUGCUGUAACGCUUGUUGACUACCAUUCUAAAUGGCCAGAGGUGUAUUUUUGCAGCGAAGUGUCCACGAGCACCGUGAAAGACUUUUUAAGAAGUGUUUUUGCCCGUGAAGGCUACCCGGAAGAGAUCGUUUGUGACAAUGGACCUCAGUUCACUUCGCGUGAGUUCAUAACUUUCCUGCAACACAGAAGCAUCAGUCUUUCACAUUCUUCAGUAUACUAUCUCCAAGCCAAUGGGCAAAUAGAACGUUCCAAUCGCACAUUGAAAAACUUCAUUCAAGUCUCACUUCUCGAAAGACGACCACUCCGGCAAGCUGUCAGAUUACCUUGCCAUUUACCACUGUACUCCGCACGCCACCACCGGGGUCGCCCCAGCAGUUCUGCUGCUUGGUAGAAUGCCCCGAACCAGGCUGGAUAUCGUGGGUUUCUCGGCACCAGCAUUUGCGGAAGAUCCAGCCAAGGAGUUGGCGCGACUUCGUCAAAGGGUUCGGCGUCAGCAGCAAAGCAGCAAGCACUACACGGACAAAAGGAGAGCCGCCAAGAAGACGAAGAUAGCCGUAGGCGAUUUUGUGCGCAUCAAAAAACUGUCCGUUCGGUUCAAGGGAGACUGCGCCUUUUUUCGCCAACUAAGGUGAUCAAGAGGAGGGGACCAGCCUCUUUCCGACUUGGAGACGGCCGUACGUGGAAUGCCUCCAAGCUUUCCAGGGUUCUAGAAGAGUUGACAGUUGGGCUAGUUGGUCGUCCAUAUUUGAAGUAGUAGCUUAGCGCAAAUAAAACCACAAACACAAGGA